AUGUCGACAGUAGCUGCAGCUUUAUCCGUCGCGGGGACCAGAUCAUCCGGAGCAUCUGUCAGAACUCAAAAUGUUAUGGCAGCAGCUGCCAUUGCCAACAUAGUGAAGAGCUCACUGGGACCUGUAGGGCUUGACAAAAUGCUGGUGGAUGAUAUUGGAGAUGUAACGGUCACAAAUGAUGGAGCUACUAUUCUGAAAAUGCUCGAGGUAGAACACCCUGCAGCCAAAGUAUUAGUAGAAUUAGCCCAACUUCAAGAUGAGGAGGUUGGUGACGGCACCACCUCAGUUGUAAUUAUUGCUGCUGAACUUUUAAAGAGUGCAGAUGAACUAGUGAAGAACAAGAUCCAUCCUACAAGUAUUAUUUCUGGUUACCGACUGGCAUGCAAAGAAGCUGUCAAGUACAUACAGGAUAACCUCACUGUCACUGUGGAGUCUCUCGGAAGAGCAUCUGUUAUCAAUGCGGCUAAAACAACCAUGUCAUCCAAACUGAUUGGAGCUGAUGCAGAUUUCUUCUCCGAAAUGGUAGUGGAUGCUGCACAAGCCAUUAAGAUCACUGACUACAAAGGAAACCCAUCCUACCCUAUCAAAGCAGUGAACAUCCUCAAGGCCCACGGUCGCAGCGCUCGCGAAAGUGUUCUUGUGAAGGGAUAUGCUUUGAACUGCACCAUUGCAUCGCAAGCCAUGCCCAAGAAGAUUGUGAACGCAAAAAUUGCGUGUCUCGACUUCUCCUUGCAGAAGACUAAAAUGAAGAUGGGUGUUCAGGUACUCGUGUCAGACCCAGAAAAACUGGAAGCCAUCCGUGCCAGAGAAUUAGACAUCACAAAAGAGCGUCUUCAAAAGAUCUUAUCAACCGGUGUGAACGUUGUACUUUGCACCGGCGGUAUUGACGAUCUUUGCCUCAAAUACUUCGUGGAAUCUGGUGCUAUGGGCGUCAGGCGGUGCAAGAAGGCCGAUUUAAAGAGGAUCGCCAAAGCAACAGGAGCUGCUUUCCUGACGUCUCUCACUAAUAUGGACGGUGAAGAAGUAUUUGAGCCCAGCAUGAUUGGUGAGGCGGCUGAAGUUGUACAGGAACAGAUUUGUGAUGAUCAGUUGAUUUUAAUCAAGGGGCCGACAGCGCGCACGGCCGCGUCUAUAAUCCUCCGCGGGCCGACGGACGCGUACUGCGACGAGAUGGAGCGCUCGGCGCACGACGCGCUGUGCGCCGUGCGGCGCGUGCUGGAGUCGGGCCGCCUCGUGCCCGGCGGCGGCGCCGUCGAGGCCGCACUCUCCAUCUACCUGGAGAACUUCGCCACCACACUCAGUUCCCGCGAGCAGCUGGCCAUCGCUGCCUUUGCGCAGUCACUGCUCGUAAUCCCGAAGACGCUGGCAGUCAAUGCGGCGCGGGACGCCACAGACUUGGUCGCCAAACUCCGAGCGUACCACAAUUCAUCACAGACAAAGGUUGAACACGCGAACCUAAAAUGGGUCGGCUUGGACCUAGUCGAGGGUACGCUACGAGACAACCUGGCAGCCGGUGUCAUCGAACCUUCUAUAUCUAAGAUCAAAUCGCUGAAGUUCGCCACCGAAGCGGCUAUCACGAUUUUACGUAUCGACGACAUGAUCAAACUAGACCCAGAACAAAAAGGGAAAACCUAUGAAGAUGCCUGUAACGCAGGCGAGCUAGACUAA